AUGGCGUUUCAAACAUCCCAAAUGAUGAAAAAGGAGUUCCGCCUGCCAAUGGUUCCCGGGAUGUCCUGUGGUGAAGAAAUGCUACGACGAAAUUACCACCGUUCCCACAUCGUCGGAUCGGGCCUCGACUGCGCUACCACUUUCGACGCGGUACCGGCGGAUAUGAGCCGGGUGAACCAGCAAUUCGUUUCUUCCCUUCCCAUGACGAACGCGAACGACGCGGAUGCGGCGCUCUCGGAUGGCGCCGCCUUUGAUCUCACCGGCUACGUCCUCCGGUUUUAUGGCUACACCGUCGAGAGCGUGGCGGAGAGUGUGGUGGAGGUGGAGCGACUUCGAAAGGUGGUGUUGCGGUUUUACUUAGAGGACGGCACGAUGAGCGUGUCGGAGCCGUCGGAAGACAACUCCGGCAUCACCUUCCGCGCCAACCUCAAGCGCCACCUCGUGCCGCACCCGGAUGGCACCCCGAUCACCCUGGAGGAUCUGAAAGUGGGCGAGCCCAUCACGUUUUACGGCAAGACCUACCUCCUUUACGACGCGGACGCCUUUACGCGGGAUUUUUACCGGGAAAAGGGCACCGAACAGGCCCCGGCGUUGUCCGUUCCGCUCGAUCAAUACGCGAUGAGCCACGCCGCCAAGCGGGGGGCGCCCAAUCGUCUGCAAUCCAUCACCGCGACGAGCCCGCUGUACAACCAGCUCACGCCCGAGCAGGUGCGCGCGACGCAGCGCUUUCUCGCGUACGACCGCCAGGUCCUUCGCUGCGAUUGCACCUGGGAUGACUCCGCCAGCGUCUAUGGUUAUAAGCAUUACAUGACGCUUUAUUACUUCCUCGCCGACGGCAGCAUCGCGGUGGCGGAGAAGAACACCCCGAACAGCGGGCGCGAGCCGUUCCCCGUCUUUUUCAGCCGUCAACGCGUGGUGAAGCCGACGGAUCCGUCCGCCCGGUUCGACUCCAUCGCCCUCGGCUCCGUUACGUUUAAGGAGCCGAAGAAUGUGGCAUACUACACCGACAAGGAUAUCCGGAUCGGCAACGUGCUCAACCUCUACGGCCGCCAUUUCCUCAUCCACGACUACGACGCCUUCACUCGCGAUCACCUCGCGACGACGUAUGGGAUCACCGAGUACGCGCCCAUCCCGGGGGCGAUUCCGCCCCCGUUUGAGCCCCCAGGCGCGCGCCGUCGGGAGCUCAGCGAGGAUGAAAAACAAGCCAAAUCGCACGCCGUCGGAUCGGCGGAGCUCCGCCGGCAUCGCUUUGAUACCGCCUCCGUGAAGUUUCUCGUCGUGCUCGACAACGGCAAGUACGAGGAUUCGAUCCGGCGCUUCGUGCUCACCGUCUACCCUGCGGACGACACCAUCGCGAUCUUCGAACCCGUCAUGCGAAACAGCGGCAUCGUCGGCGGGAAGUUUCUCUCGCGGCAGAAGGUGAAACGCCCGGGGAGUGAGGAGUUUUACACCAGCGGCGACUUCUUUGUCGGCGCGCGCGUGAUCAUCAACGCGUUCCCGUUCAUGAUCCUCAAAUCGGACGAGCGCUCCCUGUGCUACAUGGAGAAUAACGGGGAGGAGUUUUCGCACUCCGAUAUCAACAAAAUCGUGCGCAAGAUGCGGGCGAUGCUGCGGAGCAAACAGAGCGGCCUCGCUGCGGCCUUCCGCCGCGCCGAUGACGUUCACCAGGGCGGUCUGGAGAUGUCGGUGUUUUUGUCGAUUAUGGCGGAGCUCCACUUAGAUAUGUCCGAGCAGGAGAUCCUGACGAUUCUUCGCUUUUUUGACAAAAAUAACGAAUCCUACGUCUCCUACGAGGAGGUGGCGUCACGCAUUCUGCCGGAGGGUACCGUUUUAGGCGGCGACGAUCGCCCCUGGAAGACGAUCCAUGACGAAAGCCUGAAGGAGGAAACUGCCGCUUUUGUGCACGAUCCGAAAGCAGAGGCGGAAAAGCAACGCCUCGCGACGGAAACCCUCCUCGCCGCACGCGCCGCGGAUGAAAUAAAGGAACUAUACGAACAACGCCGCCAGCUGUUUAUGAAGGAGCUGCGCGCGAUCACAGAUUACGCCAAAGACGGUUUGAUUGGCGUGGAUGAGUUCAAGAUGUGUAUUAGGCAGAAGCUGCAUAUCACCUCUUUGACCAAUGAGGAACUCAAUGCACUGGUAGCGAAGCUUUUCACCAAGAAAUAUCCGCGAGUCACGUAUGAGGAGUUGAUGCGCCUUUUUAACGGAACCUCAACUUUGUCUCACACGCUCGCAUUUAUAUCGGAUAUGAAAUCAGAAUAA